AUGGCACCUAUCAUCCAAGUAAUUGGAUGCCUUAAUGCGGACAGGGUCUUAGCCACACCACGAUUUCCAGACCCAGGCGAGACAAUCACCUCCUCAUCAUACUUCACCAGCGCCGGCGGCAAGGGCGCCAACCAAGCCGUGGUAUGCGGACGCAUGUCCCGAGCCAAGCAAACAGGCACUAAGAUCUCGAAAAGCGACGUUGUUUUUGAGAUGAUAGGCGCAGUGGGAGUUUUGGACGGGCACUUCUCCGCCCUGAUCAAGUCGACCCGUCCAGAGUCAAAGUCAUCGAGAACGCAUACACGGAUCCUUAUUGUGUUCAGGGCGAAGAGUGUUUGGUACAGCGCUGCGGAUGGCGGCUCGUCUGGACCCAGUGACAGAGUACUGCACUUCACCUAUGACAUUGCGGCCGCCCCUGUCUCCCGAGUCUUGGAUACUACUGCCGCAGGUGAUACAUUUGUAGGUGCCUACACUGUCAGAGUGGCACGGUGGCGCGAGCAGCGUCGCGCGCAAGGCAAGGCUGAGCAGGAUGUUGCGGACAAUGAGAAGGCAUACUGGCAUAAAACUAUCAUGGACGAGGAGAUGCAUUUGGCUGCGUGUGCCUCGGCUCAGGCUGUGGAACGUCAGGGUGCCAUGGACAUCAUUCCUUUUGAUGAUGAGAUCUGA